AUGGCCUAUAUCCAUUCCUGCCGUGUCAUUAUCGGAGAUUUCCGACUCGACAACGUUGUAUACGAUGAUCAAAUGAGGAUCAAGCUCCUCGAUUUUUCCGAGUGUACUCUGAUGCCGCUCGAAUGGGACUUUGUCGGGAGCGAUGACGCCGGUUUCUCCAUUCUGACAGACAUUGCACACUUCGGUGCGGUCAUGUUUCAGAUCAUCUCCGGCAAAGAUUGCGCCUUUGAUAUCUAUCAGGAAUGGACGCAGGUCGGGGAUCCGACUGUCUGGCCCUCACGGGAAACCCUUCCACGAACUGGCGGCAUAUGGCUCGGUGACAUUAUCGACAAGUGCUGGUCCAAGGGAUUCAUGUCAGCUAGUGAACUUGCACAGGCGCUUGGGAAGGAAACAUAG